GGUUCACAAAUCUUCAAGUAUAAUGGACUCCUUCAAGAAUCUUGUACCACAAUAUGCCACAGUCAUACGUGCUGGGGAAAUUAAAACUAUUCCAGCAGAGGAACUUGUUUUGGGAGAUAUCGUAGAUGUAAAAUUUGGAGACCGCGUUCCGGCUGAUAUACGUAUUUUGGAAUCGCAUGGACUCAAGGUUGAUAACUCAUCGCUAACAGGUGAAUCGGAACCGCAGAUUCGAUCUUCAGAGUUUACACAUGAAAACCCUUUGGAAACAAAAAACUUAGCCUUUUUCUCAACAAACGUAAUCGAAGGUACCUGUCGUGGUGUAGUUAUAGCUACUGGGGAUAAUACUGUAAUGGGAAGAAUAGCCAACUUGGCCGCCGGCUUAGAUGAUGUUCAGUCACCUAUAUCAAAGGAAAUUCAACAAUUUAUUUUAUUUAUUACUAUAUUUGCAUCAAUUUUGGGCCUUACUUUUUUUGUAAUAUCCCUAAUGCUUGGAUACGCCUUUAUAGAUGCUGUCGUUUUUCUCAUAGGAAUUAUAGUGGCUAAUGUACCUGAGGGUCUGCUUGUUACAGUCACAGUCUGUCUUACUCUAACAGCGAAACGAAUGGCAUCCAAGAAUUGUCUUGUUAAAAAUUUAGAAGCUGUAGAGACCUUGGGCUCAACCUCUACAAUUUGCUCUGAUAAAACUGGUACACUUACUCAAAAUAGAAUGACAGUGGCACACUUGUGGUACAAUCAGAUCAUAAUAGAGUCUGAUACUACCGAGUCAUUUAAGGCAUCCCAUUUUAAUACUCUCGAUGCCUCUUUUAGUGCACUGUUACAAUGUGCUGCGUUAUGUAAUGCAGCUGAGUUUAAGGGGGGCCAAGACGGAGUACCGACAGUAAAAAAAGAUGUAAAUGGCAACGCAUCAGAAGCAGCAUUACUUAAAUUUGCCGAAACUGUGUAUGGUAGCGUAGCUACGGUAAGACGUAACCAUGUCAAGUUGACGGAAAUACCAUUUAAUUCAACUAAAAAAUAUCAGGUGUCAGUCCAUGCAAUAGACAACAAUGACGGUUACUUUAUAGUACAAAUGAAGGGAGCCCCUGAGAGAAUAUUGGAGCGGUGCAGCACUAUGAUAACUCAUGGUAAUACAUUAGAGUUAAAUAUUCUUCAAAAUGAUUUUGAGGAAGCUUAUAUGAAAAUGGGUGGAAUGGGCGAGCGAGUCUUAGGGUUCGCAGAUCUUGUUCUGCUAAAAGAACAGUAUCCAAAGAAUUAUGAGUUUACAACCGAGCCGCCAAACUUUCCUAUAAAAAAUCUUCGGUUUCUUGGACUUAUCUCAAUGAUAGAUCCCCCUCGAGCAGCUGUUCCAGAUGCUGUUUCCAAAUGCCGUUCGGCAGGAGUUCGUGUUAUUAUGGUAACAGGGGAUCAUCCAAUUACAGCAAAAGCAAUCGCUCGGAGUGUGGGAAUAAUAACAAAGCCGACUGCAGAAGAUAUUGCUAAGCAAAGUGGGCUACCAGUAAGUCAAGUAGAUCCACGACAAACUGCUUCAAUUGUCGUACAUGGAGGAGAAUUAAGAGAUAUGAAAGGCGAGGACUUAGACGCUGUUAUAUACUAUCAUAAUGAAAUUGUAUUUGCAAGAACUUCACCACAACAAAAGCUUAUCAUUGUAGAAGCCUGUCAAAGGCGUGGCGAAAUUGUUGCUGUAACAGGUGAUGGAGUUAACGAUUCACCAGCUUUAAGAGCUGAUAUUGGUGUAGCUAUGGGAAUCGCUGGAUCUGAUGUGUCAAAGCAAGCGGCUGAUAUGAUUUUACUGGACGAUAACUUUGCCUCUAUUGUGGUUGGAAUAGAAGAAGGACGAAUUAUAUUUGAUAACCUGAAAAAGUCGAUUGCUUAUACCUUGACAUCAAAUCUUCCCGAAAUUAUGCCCUUAUUUGUUUCGUUGUUUUUGACAUACCCUGCUCUAGGUACUCUUGCAAUUCUCUGCAUUGAUAUCGGGACUGACAUGUUACCAGCGAUAUCCCUUGCUUAUGAGAAAGCCGAAUCUGAUAUAAUGUCUCGACUGCCAAGGGAUCCAUAUGACGACCGUCUGGUAAAUAAAAAAACAUCCCAAAAUCUUCUCUAAUUUUCUCUUUUGUUUGAUUGUCCACUUGACCGAG